GUGAAACAAAUCUUUUAGGAGCAUAGAUUUAUUAAAUUGUUAAUUAUUGGAUGGAAAUGGAGGAGUUAAGCGAGAAGCUCGAUAUUACAGAAGUGAAGUCAGAUAUAGUUCGAGCUAUUAGUGAAUGUUCUCAGCGAGGAUUAUUACAUAGUACAAAGUGGCUUGCCGAAUUGAACUAUUCUUUAACUAAUAUCAAGUCCUGCAUUAAUGAAACUACUUCAAUUGACAAUUUAAUAGAGCCAAGUGAAGAUGAAGACUUAUGUCACUUAGCUAAGAGUUAUUUUGAUCUUAAAGAAUACAACAGAGCAGCUUAUUUUCUGGAAAAAUGCAAAACUUCAAAAGGAAAAUUUUUAUAUUUUUACUCUCUUUAUUUAGCAGGAGAAAAGAAAAAAAUUGAUGACAUGACCGACAUUCGACCUGAUUCAUUGAAAAAUAGUAACUUAAAAUAUCUUUGUUGUGAAUUAAAAAAAGAGUAUACCCACGAAAAUUUAGAUGGAUUCGGUUUAUAUUUGUACGGUAUUAUUUUAAAAAAACUUCAGCUGCCUAAAGAAGCAACACGUAUUUUACUUGAAUCUGUCCACAAACAACCAAUGCAUUGGGGAACUUGGUUAGAAUUAUCAAGUCUCAUAACAGAUAAUGAAAUGCUGGAAACUUUAGUUUUACCUAAUCAUUGGAUAAAGCAGUUUUUCAUGGCUCAUACGUAUUUGAAACUACAGUUAUUAAACGAGUGUUUAGAAAUAUAUUACACCUUACAGACUUUUGGAUUUGAAAGAAAUGGCUAUCUACUUUCUCAAACAGCUAUUGCUGUCCAUCAUAAAAGAGAUGUUGAUACUGCUAUUGCUACAUUCCAACAAAUAAUCGAAGAUGAUCCUUACUGUCUUGACAAUAUGGAUACAUAUUCAAAUUUGUUGUAUGUCAAGGAAUUAAAAAAUGAAUUGGCAUAUUUGGCCCAUAGAACCACAGAAAUUGAUAAAUAUCGUGUUGAAACUUGUUGUAUAGUAGGCAAUUAUUAUAGUCUUAGAGCAGAUCAUCAAAAAGCGAUCAUGUAUUUUCAAAGAGCGCUAAAAUUAAAUCCCCAAUAUAUAUCAGCAUGGACAUUGUUGGGUCAUGAGUUCAUGGAAAUGAAAAAUACUAAUGGUGCUAUUCACAGCUAUAGGCAAGCCAUUGAAAUUGAUAAAAGGGAUUAUAGAGCUUGGUAUGGGCUGGGUCAAACUUACGAAAUUUUAAAAAUGCCGUUUUAUGGCUUGUAUUACUAUAAACAAGCUCACUUGUUAAAACCUCGUGAUAGCAGAAUGAUUUUGGCUUUGGGUGAGGCUUAUGAAAAACAAGAAAAAGUACCAGAAGCUUUAAAAUGUUACCAUAAAGCUUGCAAUGUGGGUGAUAUUGAAGGAAUGGCAUUGAUUCGGCUUGCAACAUUGUAUGAAAAAUUAGGUCAACACAACAAUGCAGCAGCAGCAUAUGUUGAUUUUGUUACAGACGAAUGUAAAAAUUCAGAUAGAGCCGAAUUAAGCCAUGCUUACAAAUUUUUAACCCAAUAUCACUUAAAACUUAAUGAGUUAGAUGACGCAAAUCAUUAUGCUCAAAAAUGUUUACAAUAUGAUGAAACAAAAGAAGAAGCCAAAGCCUUCUUAAGAACUAUUGCUCAAAAAAGGAUUAAAGGGGAAGAUAAUUUAAUGAUGGUGGAAUACAUCAAUGAAACGAAUGCAAUAAAUGAAGAUAAACGUCACAUAUUGGUAAAUAUUUUACUAUUACAAAGUGGUGAUCAACGACAAUAUUCCGUACCUCAAUGCAAACAUAAAAGGGAAAAGUAUUUACAUAAACUUUUAGUUGAUAAAAAUUUACACCUUACAUGGACUGUGGCUGAUUAAAUUGGGAACAAGAUGUAAAAAAUAAUCGACGAAUUCUUACGAAAAGUAUUAAUGAAGCUUCCUCUUCACGUUACCUACCAGGCUUUUACGAGUAAAUAAGAGACUUUCUGCAAAAAAUAAUUAAAAUAGAAGAUUGGGCUUAACACUGUCAAAUAAACAAUAUUUAUUAUGUUACCUUAACCACUUCUGCAAUUCUAGGUUCUGGACGCAAGCAGUGCGAUCUUUUUUUUUUCUUCUUCUU